AUUCGACUUCAUCCGGCUCUCACCCUCCAUUUUCUUAGUCGUUCUCUACACUUCUGUUGCUCUCCAAGUGCAGAUAUUCCUUGAGUCGAGAAAAUGCUGUCAGCACGUUUGGUCUCGUCAGUUGCGCGCCAGCUGCCUAAAAAUGUCCCAAAGGUGGCACGCAGGUCUUUGCCAGCCAUCCAGACUGCUGUUCGUCAAUUGCACGUAACACCAACUGCCAAGGCUGCUGAGAUUUCUUCCAUUUUGGAAGAGCGCAUUUUGGGAGCGGCUCCCAAGGAAAACUUGGAAGAAACUGGUCGUGUACUCAGCAUUGGUGAUGGUAUUGCUCGAGUCUAUGGCCUUAAGAACAUCCAGGCUGAGGAGAUGGUGGAAUUCUCCUCUGGGCUUAAGGGAAUGGCCCUUAACUUGGAGCCCGACAAUGUCGGUGUCGUCGUGUUCGGUAACGACAAGCUCAUCAAGGAAGGAGACAUAGUAAAACGAACAGGAGCUAUCGUCGAUGUACCCAUUGGCGCUGAGCUGCUUGGCCGAGUCGUUGAUGCUUUGGGUAACCCUAUUGAUGGCAAAGGAUCCCUGGCUGGAGCCAAACGUGCUCGUGUCGGUGUUAAAGCCCCCGGUAUUAUUCCUCGUAUCUCCGUACGCGAACCCAUGCAGACCGGUAUCAAGGCCGUCGAUUCUCUUGUCCCCAUCGGUCGUGGACAGCGAGAGCUCAUCAUUGGUGAUCGACAGACUGGUAAAACCGCUAUUGCCAUCGAUGCCAUCAUCAACCAAAAGCGUUUCAACGAUGGUGCUGACGAGAAGAAGAAACUUUACUGCAUUUACGUUGCUAUUGGUCAGAAGCGUUCAACUGUUGCCCAGAUCGUUAAACGUUUGACCGAUUCUGAUGCCAUGAAGUACACCAUUGUCGUGGCUGCUACUGCUUCUGAUGCUGCUCCCCUUCAGUUCUUGGCACCAUAUUCCGGAUGCGCCAUGGGUGAAUAUUUCCGUGACAACGGCAAACACGCUUUGAUCAUCUAUGACGAUUUGUCAAAGCAAGCCGUUGCUUACCGUCAGAUGUCCCUGUUGUUGCGUCGUCCACCUGGUCGUGAGGCCUACCCUGGUGAUGUCUUCUACUUGCAUUCUCGUCUGCUCGAGCGUGCCGCUAAAAUGAACGAAGUGCAUGGAGGUGGUUCCCUGACUGCUUUGCCAGUUAUUGAAACUCAGGCUGGUGACGUAUCUGCCUACAUCCCGACCAACGUCAUUUCCAUUACUGACGGCCAAAUCUUCUUGGAAACUGAGCUCUUCUACAAGGGUAUCCGACCAGCCAUUAACGUCGGUCUCUCCGUGUCCCGUGUCGGAUCGGCUGCUCAGACUCGCGCCAUGAAGCAGGUGGCUGGCUCAAUGAAACUUGAGCUUGCCCAGUACCGUGAGGUUGCUGCUUUUGCCCAGUUCGGCUCUGAUUUGGAUGCUUCCACUCAGCAGCUUUUGAGCCGUGGUGUUCGUCUCACUGAAUUGUUGAAACAAGGCCAAUACGUUCCAAUGGCCAUUGAAGAGCAGGUUCCCGUCAUCUACUGUGGUGUUCGCGGUUAUUUGGACAAACUUGACCCAUCCAAGAUCACCGCCUUCGAGAAGGAAUUCUUGCAACACAUCAAGACCACUCACGCAGAUGUCCUGACGGCUAUUGCCAAAGACGGAAAGAUCACCGAUGAGACAGACGCCAAGCUGAAGAAGAUCGUUACAGAAUUCUUAGCAACUUUCCAGGCUUAAAAAGGGAGGAACAUUGACCCAUAAACAAACUAUUGGGUUUAGUAAAAAAAAUCGAGGUUAUCGUCAUCAACACCCAAUUACGUGUACAUUUUUUUCCCUCAUUUUUGUAGUGCACUGAUAGAACUCGACCCGAGUCGAGGGAAACGUGUAUGUAAAAGAGAAAAUAAUUAAAGUCAUCAAAAGAUUGGUGAUAAAUGGUCA